UUCAACACACUGCAUAGAGCUCGUGUAUUAGCACACACACCGUGAUAGAGAGAGAGAGAGAGAGAAAGAAAGAGAGAGACCGUAGGUGGCGAGACGCCACAGAGAGAAGAGAGGCAUAUAACACGAAGCCAGUCGUUUGGAAUGGACGUGUGAGGGGCAGCAGCCUAGGUGCACCGCAGUCCUGCAGCGAGACAGAGAGAGACUGUAACAGGAGAAAAGAUACCCAUGACGUCCGCCCGACGUAAGGGUACGAGUCGCAGAAUGGUGGUCGACUGUCUGUCCACACAGGGCUCCGGGCCUCGGAGGCAACCCGACAAGAGGCUUGGUGGUACCGUCAGCACCAACUCGAAAAUGCAGCCGAACCUCACCCAAGCCGGUGGUAUGACGCCCAAAGAGCUUUGCGAUAACGACGACCUCGCCACCUCGCUCGUUCUCGACACCUAUCUUGGCUUCACCACACACAAAAUGAACAUUAGGUACAGACCUCUAAAGGCAAACAAGGAUGAGUUGAAAAAGGUGAUUAAUGAGUUUAUUCAGACGCAAAACUAUGAGAAAGCGUACAAGAAGCUCAUCAAUGGGGACUGGGGAGCUCGUUUGCCACAUACUAAGUCUAAACAGCAACAGAUCAAUUUAGAAAAACACAUCUAUCGAUACCUCAGGGUGUUUGAUAAAAAUUCUGGGUUUGAAAUAAAACCUUGUUAUAGGUAUUCCCUUGAAGGUCAAAAGGGAGCUAAAAUAUGCGCAACCAAAAAGUGGUUAAAAAACGAUAAAAUUUCUUGCCUUGUAGGAUGCAUUGCAGAAUUAAGUGAUAAGGAAGAAGCUGCUCUCUUACAUCCAGGCAAAAAUGACUUUUCUGUAAUGUUCAGUUGUAGAAAAAAUUGUGCUCAACUAUGGUUGGGUCCAGCAGCGUAUAUCAAUCAUGAUUGUAGAGCUAACUGCAAGUUUGUUGCUACUGGUCGAGAUACUGCUUGUGUUAAAGUUUUGCGUGAUAUUGAAGUAGGAGAAGAAAUUACUUGCUUUUACGGAGAAGAUUUUUUUGGAGAUAGUAACUGUUACUGCGAAUGUGAAACUUGCGAGAGACGUGGCACUGGAGCAUUUGCUAAUCAAAAGCCUGGUGAAGAAUUAGAAUCAGGUUAUCGCUUGCGAGAGACAGAUAACCGCAUAAAUCGAACAAAACAUAGGCAGCAACCGCUGGGUGUGAAUAAACAGCAAGAAAGUACUCUUACUGAAAGGAAUGGUGAAAUGAAUAACAUUGCAAUUGCUCCACAGUCACUUAGUAUGAAAGAGAUGAGGCGGAAAGGCCUUACUAAAUACGAUGCUGAGCUUUUGAUUGCUCAGGGUUGUAAAUUUUCGGACAUUUCUCAGCAACCAGCCUUGGCAAGCAAUGAAGAGAAUGCAUCACAGGAUCCUCAAAGUGUGCCAGGUUCAGCUUCACGGACGCUCAGAAAUAAAAAUCAAGCAAAUAAGACUGAAAGUAAUAAUAAUUCUAAUCAUAAUGAUAAUAACCGCAACAACUUGAAACGUUGUCUAAGGGCUUCCAAACAUCAAAAGGCAGAAGCCAAGAGAGGUAGAAGUGAAAAUAAUCGCAUACAUCACGGUGCAAUCCAUGUUCGUCACAGAAAAGAAGACUCUGAUAGAGGAGAAAGUGAUGAAAACUGUGUGUAUUCAACUUUACAUAAACACAAUAAUCAAGAAACGUCCAAAAAAGAUAUAGUUAUUGGUUGUCAUGAUCGAGGUCUUCAUUCAACAACAUCACAAAAUAGUUUAGAUGAAGAAUGUUCAACAAGGCUUUCAGAAAAUGAACAAUCAAAACCUGAAAAUGACAGCCAUAUGUUUUCAACUUAUGGAAACGAUCAUCAUAGUACAAAUUCUAUUAGCCCAAGUCAUCCUAACCUUACAUCUCAUUCAAAGUUCCACAAUGUGUCAGAUAUUAGCCCAUCGGACAAAUCCAUUCCAAAUCAGUGGCUGAAAAAUGGAUUGAAGAAUUAUCAGUGUUCCACAAAUUCUGAUAUCAAAUGGAAUAGUGAAAGUGAAAAAAGUGAAGUGAAUGUACACAACGUUGAAGGUUCAGCAAAAGUUUGUGAUCGAUCUUUCAUAAAUGAUAAAAUCAUGUAUCAUAAACAAAGUGAAAAUGUGUCCUAUGAUGUCAGUUGUAGAAAAUCUCCUAUUCAUGGUAAAGCCCCUAAAAACUCUCCAUUUCAUGAAACAAAUGAGUUUCAUCAACUUGAUUCUAUAGAAGGUUCAGCUGGAGAAGCUCUAGAAACAAAUGUAAAUAUGGAUUAUAAACAAUCACAAGCAACCUCAAUACAUCAUUCAAAGUAUCCUAGUGACAUUAAAGAUUGUGCACAAAUUGUGACCGAACAGGAUAACAAUUUUUUCUCUAAAAAUAAAGUGAAUGGUGUGAUUGCAAAAGAUUCAAAUGAAAUAAGUGAUACGUUCACACCAAAUAUAGAGUGUUCAGAGAAAUUUUUGUCUGCAAAGUCUGAAGAUGCGCGUAGUUUGACACUAAAAAGAUGUACUGAAGCACUGUUACAUCCUGGCAAAAAUCUUGCCAGAAGACCAACUGGUCGUUCGAGAACAAAAUUUAAGAAAAUCAAUGCUCGCAGUUUUCUUAAUCGUAGUAAUAUUAGGCAGACAAGAAGCCAGAAAAAGGAAUGUGCAAUGCCUGUUGGAGCAGCUGAUGAUGAUUCAGGUAUCCAAGGAGACAUUUAUGAGUUCAGUGAAAAAGAAAGCAAUCUUGAACAAAUAUCCUUACCAAACCGUGUUCCCCAUCUAAGAGAUAAAUACGAACCAAAAGAAAAUACAACCAACUCUGUAAUGCAUCUUGAUCCUUGGAAUGGCUGUGACAACAUCCCAUCUAGAGAUAAUUCUGUUAGCAGUGAAGGCAAACAUAAUGACAUCAGUAGUAAUAGCAGUUUUAGUAGCAGAACAAGUGGCGUCGGCAGUGAACAAUCUCACGAGUCGGCUUCAACAUGGCAACCAGUUCAACAACCACGGCCAGUUUAUCCGGCGACACCGGAACGUCCAGGGGGUCGACUAAAGUUGACACUUCGAGUUAAACGUUCGCCAAUUUUGGAUGAAUUAAUAGAGUCUGGAACAAGUUUGGCAAGCGAAGACAAUGAAGUACCGGAGUACGAAGUGCUGCGAGUGGAAGGUGUUGGUGAGGAAGAGACUCAAACUUCGAGGCCACGCAAGAAACAUAAAACACGCGACCGUGAAAGGCGACACAAGAAGCGUAAAGAGAUCGCACCACCUGCUACUAUGAAACGGCUCAGGCUCAUCUUCGGCAAUGAGACUCGCACUAUUGACCUCACGCACUCCUAACGCUUGGACGAGGCUGAGCGGCGACUGUUGAAUCGUUGCUUUCAAUCCAUUUUUUGUUGAAACUAUCACGUUUUUUCUUGCGGUGCAAUAUUAUGAUUUAGCCGUUUCUUUUUCAACGAUAAACGUUUUUUAAUUGGUUCAACAGAGAAUGGGUUGAAAUAACUUGUUGAUCAACUUUUUUACUAUUAGGUUUAUGUUAUUAGUAGAACAUAACAAUGUGAGUCGACCCGUUAUAAAUGAUUCUUUCAGAGACUGAUCGAUUCAUUGAUAAGGCUUUCUUUCUUUUUUUACUUGCUAUAAAAUUGUGUAAUUUUAACAAUUUGAACUGAAUUUACUUUGCAGUAUGUGACGAGUUCGAAGAACGAUUUUCUUUUGUAUAUUCAAAAAAUAACAUUUUGUAAAUACGGAAUUAAGAUUUUUUUUUUGUAUAAAGAGUAACCCACACAAUCAUGGUUAAAGUUUCUUUUAAUCUAUAAACAAUAUUUGUAUUCUUUUCAUCAGUGUCAACGAAAAUUCUAAUGAUUUUUCAGUAAUCUUUAAAAUUGAAUUUGAUUAGACAUAGUAUAUUUGUAAAUUAGAGAUGUUAUUAAAAUUAUUUCAAUAUCGACUAAAAAUAUUAUUCGACUGCUAAUCGCUUACGAUGGUUAACAUCGCAAUGAAUUUUACGUAAUUUAUAUUGUUACUUUUGCUCUCCACAUUACGAGAACAGAAGUUCUUAUAUAAUAUGUUGUCGUUUAGCUAAGUAAAUUAGAGAAAACAAAAUUAAUUUCAAAAAAUUAUGUGCCAUCAUUGAAAAAUGUGAUGUUACUAAUAUUCAUUAGACAAUUUUUAUUUCGAUGAUUGGAAAUUAAAAUUAAUUUUUAGUCAAACUUAUAAAUAUUAUUGGUAAAGUAUAAUUGGCUCAAAUAGAUACAAUUUGAAAAUAUAUAAAUCAUUUUUGAGUAUAAAAAAAUAAAACAAUAUAAUGUACUACCAAAAUUAACGCUAUAGAGAUAUUAUCACAACUUAUAUGUCAAAAUUAUUACUAUAAUAUACAAAAUUCUUUUGUUUUUAUAAUGAUCGAAUCGGUAAUAUAUUUAAUGGAUCAAGUGUAACUUGUUGUUCAACUCUAAAAUUUACAAAAUAGCAACGUCGACUCCGUUUUCUACUAUUAAAGUUUUUGCUGAAAAUCAUAAAAUUUUCCAAUACAUUAUGGGAUAAUGGUUAUGCAUUUUGCUACUAUAAACAUUUUUCUCGAAUUAUAAAUAUGCAGUAAGUUUCAUUAACUCGUCAUAGCAUUCAGUUGAAGGCAGGUGAUAUGCAAAGUAAUAAAACAUACAUUAGCGCAUCGGUAAUUAUUACGUAAAAGAACAUGUAUUAUAAGAUAAUAGUAACACUUACACAUAAACGUAUAAAUAAAACACAAAAUAAAGCAGUUUCACGAUACAUUUUAAGCAUUGUAAUUUGUAAUAUACGGAUAGAUAUAAUAAUAGGUAUAAAUAAUAAACAAUUAAAAGUAAACGGCAAGUAAUUACAAUCGCCUCUCAUAAGAAACAAAAAAGUUUGUGAUAUAUAUAUAUAUAUAUACAUAUAUAUAUAUAAAGUAAUAUCUAUUCUACGUUCUAUUGUAUUUCACUUGUAAACGACUAAUGUGUAAAAACUGUGGUGUUUUUACGAAAAAGGUAAAAAAAUAAAGAACAUCAUCUCUAAAUUUCUAGAGAAAGAUAUUAUGUUAUAAUUAUAGAAAGUGAAAGUUCUGGAAAACAAUGUGUGUUUAUGAGUUUAUGGCGGCUUUACCGCUAAAUGUUAUUUUCAGUUGUAUGAAAAAAUACAAAAAAAUAUAGUAGAUAGACCUAAUAAAAGACAUAUUUGUGGGAGAAUGCAUGUUCUGUCCUUAAUUAUGCUGGAAUAAAAACUAUGUUUGGUGGCAUUAUCAUUUUAUAGGACUUUUAAAACGAGCAUAUUACUUUGAUUUUGCAGUAACUUUACACACUUAGCGUAGAAAGCUGCAUGCCGCCGAUUCUUUUUAUAACUUGGUUUCGAAGUGAAUAUUGCAUAUUUUAUUACAGCAUUAAAGAUCGAAUUCUAAAUAGUAGCUUUAAUUAAUACAAAAUGAUAUACAUAGAUUGAAAUACAGUUUUGUUGUUAAUAACGCUUUGUAAAUUUGAACCAUAUGCUUGGAUUUUACUGUAGCAUUGAAUAAUAAUAGAGUUCUUAUUUUUUUCGAAGCAUAAUACUCCGUAGUUUAUUUCUUUUCUAGUUUUCUACUUUUUGAUCUAUUAAUGUUUACAGGUUUAAGCCCAUAUUUUUCGAUUUCUUAAUAAAUAAGUUAUGAAAUAAAAUUUUAUUUUUUAAAUUUUAUUUUUUAAAUUUUAUUUUAACAGAAUUAUAUCCAAAUCUGCAACGAUUAUACUUUAUUAUUCAAAAUUACUUCGUAUGAAGUUGAAUUAAAAUUUCGAAUUGCAAAUUUGUGUAACCACAAAAAAGAUGUGAAAAAACUUAUUUCAAUAUUCGCUUCAAACCUUUUUGUAGUGAUUUCAUUGUUCUGAAGAGUGAUCAUAAAUGAUAUAGUAUCCAUAGAAGCACCAUAGUUCCAUUAUUUUUUAUUUACUUACGAACAAUUCUGAUGUAAUCAAUCCAUUUUGAGAAAAAUUAAUGAACAUACAAGUCGCCAAAUGAAAUUGUCGUUCCCGAUGAAUUUUCCUCACUGCCACUAUUAAUUAAAGAAUGAUUGCCUGAUUGAAAGCAGUAGUACAUUUUGCAAGAGAACGAAGCGGAAAGUCAUUUUUGAGGAUGAACUUACACCGCUAAAGUAGUAAUUUCGCAAAGUAAUAAUUGAUUCAGAACCUGAAUUACGUGUAUAACUUUUUUCCAAUUGAAUUGUAGCGACUUGAUUAAUUUGAAAAGUGAAGUCUAUAUAGUUUAUGCUGUAUAAAAAUGCCAAACGUAAACUUUUCAUUUGAAAAAUUGGAUAUUGCAGUUCAAUUGGAAAUGAAAAUUCGUUUAGCGUGAUUAAAUUAUUUUAAUAAAAAAAGCUGUACAUUAUAAAAGUAAUGAUUGCAAUAGGCAUGCACUUUUGCACUGCAUGUACAAUCAUACAGUGUAACUGAAUUUCGACAUCUUUUAAUUUGUAUAAAUAUUCUUUUUCUUUACAAAAAUUACGAAUGUGCAAAAUUUUUAGGAAAUCGCAGCAUUGAAACACUUAAAAGUUCGUAGGAAUAGAAGUUUUAAUUUUGGAUUUUAUUUCCACGUGCAUUCUUAAUUACGUCGUAUGAUACAACAUGAUUUUAUAUUUAAUCCAGUAACUUACAAAAAGAAUGUUA